GAACCGGGCCGCGGCCGUGCUCGCCUCCGGGCCGCCAUGGAGGCCCCCGAGGACGGCGGCGGGAGCGGGGAGCCUGGGGGCCCGAGCCUGUCGGAGCUGUGCGCGCAGCUGCUGCGGACGCGGGACGCGGGCGGCCGGCUCCUGGCGGGCCACGAGCUGCUGCGGCGGCUGCGGGCACCCGGGCCCGGCGCGGGGGUCCCGGAGCCGGAGCUGGACGAGGCCACGCUGAGCCGGGUCGUGGACGAGCUUUCUGCAUGGCUGCCGGCCAGCCACAGCAAGGUGGCAUUACUUGGAUUAGAAAUUUUAAGUGCCUUCAUUGACAGAUUAUCAACAAGAUUUAAAUCUUACAUACCCUCAGUUAUUUCAGCUUUAAUAGAUCGGCUUGGAGAUUCCAAAGACCAGGUCCGAGAACAAGCGCAGAAUCUGAUCUUGAAGCUCAUUGAUCAAGCAGCUUCGCCCAUGUAUGUUUGGGAGCACUUGACUGUUGGUUUUAAACACAAGAACUAUCGGUCCCGAGAAGGUGUCUGUCUGUGUCUUAUUGCCACCUUAAACACCUACGGUGCACACUCGUUAGUCCUCAGCAAGUUGGUGCCACAUUUGUGCAUCUUAUUUGGAGAUUCCAGUGGUCAGGUGAGGGAUGCUGCGAUAUUGGCCAUGGUGGAGGUCUAUCGCCACAUGGGAGAGAAAGUCAGAGCAGAUCUCAGUAAGAGAGGCCUCCCUGCUGCCCGGUUACAGAUGGUGUUUGCCAGAUUUGAUGAAGUGAGAGACUCAGGAAGUGCCAUCUUGAGGGUCGUCAACGAUAAAAGCUUUGAUGAUGAGGAGUCGGUGGAUGGAAACAGGCCGUCGACAGCUGCCUCAGCCUUCAAGGUUCCUGCCCCGAAGACCUCUGGAAACCCCGUCAACAGUGGCCGGAAGCCUGGUUCCUCUGGGGGACCGAAGGCUGGAGGUGCUUCCAAAGAAGGCGGUGCCGGUGCUGUGGAUGAAGAUGACUUUAUGAAAGCAUUUGCAGAAGUCCCUUCUGUUCAGAUAUAUUCUAGUCGUGAACUUGAAGAAACGUUGAAUAAAAUCAGGGAAAUUUUAUCUGACGACAAGCAUGAUUGGGACCAGCGCGCAAACGCACUCAAGAAAGUCCGGUCCCUGCUGCUGGCCGGCGCGGCCCAGUACGACUGCUUCUUCCAGCAUUUGCGCCUGCUGGACGGUGCCCUGAAGCUUUCCGCCAAGGAUCUGCGGUCCCAGGUGGUGCGUGAAGCCUGCAUCACUGUCGCACAUCUCUCCACGGUGUUGGGCAACAAGUUUGACCAUGGCGCCGAAGCCAUCGUGCCUACCCUCUUUAACCUGGUCCCCAACAGCGCUAAAGUCAUGGCCACAUCUGGCUGCGCAGCGAUCCGCUUCAUCAUCCGGCACACGCAUGUGCCCCGGCUCAUCCCGCUGAUAACCAGCAACUGUUCUUCCAAGUCGGUGGCGGUGAGGAGGCGUUCCUUUGAGUUUUUGGACCUCCUCUUGCAAGAGUGGCAGACCCAUUCCUUGGAAAGACACGCAGCCGUGUUGGUCGAGACAAUUAAGAAGGGGAUUCAUGACGCGGACGCCGAGGCCAGAGUAGAAGCCAGAAAGACGUACAUGGGCCUCAGAAACCACUUUCCUGGGGAAGCCGAGACCUUGUAUAAUUCCCUGGAACCUUCUUAUCAGCGAAGCCUCCAGACGUACCUCAAGAAUUCGGGCAGCGCCGCGUCCCUCCCUCCCUCAGACCGAUCCUCCUCCAGCUCCCAGGAGAGCCUCAACCGCCCAUUCUCUUCCAAGUGGUCUGCGGGGAGCGCCUCAGCUGGCCCUGGGAGAGUGUCUUCCAGUAGUGGUAGAGCGACGGGCAGUCCUGGAAGUCUUCAGCGGUCCCACAGUGACAUCGAUGUGAAUACCGCUGCAGGGGCCAAGGCCCGCCAUGUUGCCGGGCAGGCAGGUGGCGGCAGCAGCGGGCGCCUUGGCCCUGGUACCCUCACUCCUGGCUCUUAUGCUUCUCUAGAGGAUGCAUCGGACAAGACAGAUGGGACAGCUUCUGAAGAUGGUCGCAUGAGAUCCAAACUUUCUGCGGCGGUGGUGGGCAUGGCCAACUCCAAGGCAGAUUCCCGGGGGCGCAGCAGGACGAAGAUGGUCUCUCAGUCUCAGCCUGGCAGUCGCUCCGGGUCCCCAGGAAGAGUUUUAACUAGCACCGCCCUCUCUACGGUGAGCACAGGAGUUCAGAGAAUGCUGGUCAGUCCUGCGUCGGCCCAGAAACGAAGCAAGAUCCCUCGGAGCCAGGGCUGUAGUCGAGAGGCCAGCCCUUCUCGCCUCUCCGUAGCGCGAGGCAGCCGCAUCCCUCGCCCCAGCGUGAGUCAGGGCUGCAGCCGCGAGGCCAGUCGGGAGAGUAGCAGGGACACGAGUCCGGUCCGUUCUUUCCAGCCCCUGGCCUCCAGGCAUCACUCCAGAUCGACAGGUGCCCUCUACACCCCCGACGUCUGCGGGGCCGCAGGGGCCGGCUACGGGAUCAGUCAGUCCAGCCGCCUGUCAUCCUCCGUCAGCGCCAUGCGUGUCCUGAACACGGGCUCCGACGUGGAGGAAGCUGUCGCCGACGCCUUGCUCUUAGGAGACAUGCGGACCAAGAAAAAACCCGCGCGCAGGCGGUACGAGCUCUAUGGUGGUGGCAUGUACUCAGAUGACGACGCCAACAGCGACGCUUCGAGCGCCUGCUCUGAGCGCUCCUAUAGCUCCCGGAACGGCAGCAUCCCCACCUACAUGCGGCAGACAGAGGACGUGGCCGAGGUGCUGAACCGCUGUGCCAGCUCCAACUGGUCAGAGAGGAAGGAAGGCCUGCUGGGUCUUCAGAGCCUGCUCCGGAGCCAGCGAACACUGAGUCGUGUCGAGCUGAAAAGAUUGUGUGAGAUUUUCACCAGGAUGUUUGCUGACCCUCACAGCAAGAGAGUCUUCAGCAUGUUUCUGGAAACGCUGGUGGACUUCCUCCAAGUGCAUAAAGAUGACCUUCAGGAUUGGCUGUUCGUGCUGCUGACUCAGCUGCUGAAGAAAAUGGGCGCAGAUCUGCUUGGGUCAGUCCAGGCCAAAGUUCAGAAAGCCCUGGACAUUACCAGAGAGUCUUUCCCCAACGACCUUCAGUUCAACAUUCUGAUGAGGUUCACUGUGGAUCAGACCCAGACGCCGAGCUUAAAGGCAGUCCAGCCCACCCUGCGGGACCAGCUGCGCUCCUCCCCUGGGAGCUCCAAGGUAAAAGUCGCCAUCCUCAAGUACAUCGAGACGUUAGCCCAGCAGAUGGAUCCAGGGGAUUUUGUCAACUCCAGUGAAACGCGCCUGGCCGUGUCUCGCAUCAUCACUUGGACCACGGAACCCAAAAGUUCUGACGUUCGGAAGGCAGCUCAGGCGGUGCUCAUCUCCUUAUUUGAGCUCAAUACUCCCGAGUUUACAAUGCUGCUGGGAGCUUUACCAAAAACCUUUCAGGAUGGUGCUACCAAACUACUUCACAAUCACCUUCGGAACACAGGCAGUGGCAGCCAGGGUUCAAUGGGGAGUCCCUUGACAAGGCCCACUCCACGCUCACCAGCUAAUUGGUCCAGUCCUCUUACGUCCCCCACAAAUACCGCCCAGAACACUCUGUUACCUAGCGCAUUUGACUACGACACAGAGAACAUGAACUCGGAGGAUAUCUAUAGCUCUCUAAGAGGUGUUACCGAAGCCAUCCAGAAUUUCAGCUUCCGCAGCCAAGAGGACAUGAAUGAGCCAGUGAAGAGGGAUCCCAAGAGGGAGAGUGACGGUGAGCCGAUGGGCAGUGACCCCCGUGCUGGAGGUGAUGCCCCUGACUCUGGCCGAGCAGUUCUCGACAACAAGACCUCAAUGCUGAACACGAUGCCCUCACACUCCUCCCCACGCUCUCGGGACUACAACCCCUACAAUUACUCAGAUGGCAUCGGCUCCUUCAACAAGUCAGCCUUGAAGGAAGCCAUGUUUGAUGACGAUGCAGAUCAGUUUCCUGAUGACCUGUCUCUGGACCACUCGGACCUGGUGGCUGAGCUGCUGAAGGAGCUGUCCAACCACAAUGAGCGCGUGGAAGAGAGAAAAAGUGCCCUCUGUGAGCUACUGAAGCUGACGCAGGAAGACGCUUUUGGGGUCUGGGACGAGCACUUCAAAACUAUCCUGCUCCUACUGCUCGAGACACUUGGGGACAGAGAGCACUCGGUCAGAGCUUUGGCCCUAAGAGUUCUCAGAGAAAUCCUGAGGAACCAACCAGCCAGAUUUAAAAACUAUGCCGAGCUGACCAUCAUGAAGACCCUCGAGGCCCACAAGGACCCGCAUAAAGAAGUGGUGAGGUCCGCUGAAGAAGCAGCAUCCAUGCUGGCCACCUCCAUCAGCCCAGAGCAGUGCAUCAAAGUGCUGUGUCCCAUCAUCCAGACAGCAGACUACCCCAUCAACCUGGCUGCCAUCAAGAUGCAGACCAAGGUGAUUGAGAGGGUGUCCAAGGAGACCCUGGCCCAGCUGCUGCCAGAGAUUGUACCAGGCCUCAUCCAGGGAUAUGACAACUCAGAGAGCAGCGUCCGAAAAGCUUGCGUCUUCUGCCUUGUGGCCAUCCAUGCUGUCAUUGGUGACGAGCUGAAGCCCCACCUCAGCCAGCUCACGGGGAGCAAGAUGAAGCUGUUGAAUCUGUACAUCAAGCGGGCGCAGACAGGCUCCGGAGGGAGCGAUCCCAGCAUGGCCACCGACGUGCCCGGGCAGGGCUAGCCAAGCGAGCUAAACGUGACCAGGACGGAAAGGGACGCUUUGAGACCCGUUUCUGAACUCCGGCUUUCCCCCUUCUUGUUUUCUUUAACAGGUGGCUGUCCUCAGCCUGCAUGUACCCGUCACAUAGAGUGGUUCCAGAUCCAAGGAAAACAGUAUUAAUAUCGGUUAAUGAACACAAAAUAAUUUUUAAAAAACCUGCUUCAUUGUUUUACCGAUCCUCACUCCUCUGUCUUCCCAUUAACCUUUGCCAGUGUUAUGAUUGUAUAAAUUUUUUAAAUUGCUGAUUAAACAGGAAUGCUUUGGGCUUCACAAGUUUAAAAUCUAAAAACAUUUUUGCCUUUAUUCAGCUGCAGAAUAAUAUUUGUUACUACUUUGAGUUCUGUUGACUAUCAUGUCCUUUGCUAGAAACGUGAAAUGAUGUGGAGAAAAAGCAAGACUGGCCCUGUGGAGGUUGCCCCUCACUCUUGGUGUGGGGGCCUUGGACACUAACGGAGUCAGCCCAGUCCUACCCAACGGGCUACUGAUGCUGGUGGACGGCAUCUGCCGUCUCAGACUGCUGAGGCCCAGGGGAGCCCCUGCGGGCCCAACUAGGCAUGGGGCUGGCCAGCCCUCCCGUGGGGUGGGAGUGGGGAGCUUGGUCUGUCUCGCCAUCUUCAGCUUCUGAGGCUUCCCUCCUCUGAGCUGCUCCACGUGUCUCGCACGACUUUCUGGACAAGUGGGCGAGACUGGGAAUGGUUUUCUGAGUCUGGCCCGGCAGCAGACUCCUUAGCUCUCCCCUCUGUGGGCAGAUGCACUCUUGGCGUGCUGAGGAGAGGGAAGCUGGUCCCCCAUUCUCGGCCACCACCCUCUCUACCUCCGCAGAGCUCGCUCUUCUCACCGAGCCCGCGCCCACACCGUCCGUAGUCCUGCACAGCAAGCCCUUGGCAACUCCUGCCUCUGUGUCCAUGACCCCGCCAGGUACUACCAUCGUGGAGGCCGAGCCUGCUCGGCCGAGUCAACGUUAGAGACGGACGGAGAAUCUCCUGAAGCAAGGGAAGAUGUCCCGUCCUUUUGCCCCCUCCUCCUCCCCUCCCUCAGCACCUCAUAUUCCCUAACUGUUCAUUACGUUGUGUAUUUAUGGUUCUUUGUUCUCCAUUGUGCGUACCCCGGCAAUAAAACUGUACAUAAUGUUACUUGGAAAACAAAGUGGCA